GUCUGUUAUACGCCCUUAUGAUUGUUGGGGCCAUGUGCAGAUCCGAUAUUGCAGCGGGCUAUGAGACGCUUUUGGAUAUCAGCCCUUUCCAAUAUACUUCGCCGAAAUAUGCCACUACUCGCCAUGCACUGUGUGGUCAUAGCAGUCCUCUCUUUCAUCCCACUAUGCCUGGCUAGACCAGGUCAAAUAGUCCGGACAACGGCGUCGAAACCCACAUACUUCGAAACCAUCCCGGACUGCGCCUUACAGUGUGUCGAGGCGUUUAUUGCAUCCGAUUAUCAAAAAAGUAACUGCCCCGGGGCGUGGGAUCUAGGAUGUCUGUGCAGGACGAAAACAGUGAGCGGAUACACUUUGGGGGAAGCAGCCUUACGAUGUGGCCUCUCGACGUGCUCAAUGGAGGUUGUGCUGGGCUCAAAAGUCUAUUCCCUUUGUGACUCGAUUACUGGAGCCCUCCCACGGACACAUGCCACCAUCACCGCCACGGUCGUGUCCACAAUAUCGAACGAUCCUAGCCAACCUACGAGCAUAAUCAGCGGUUCGACGAGUACAUUGAACCCAGAGACCGAAACCUCCGGGCAAAGAAUAACGACGACGAAUAACGUGCCUACCGCAUCUGUCACUAGCUUCCAGGGCCCUGUUUCGGCCAGCGAAACACAAGGAGAUUCUCCCAGCACGACCAGUGAUCAGCCGGCUUCUGACACUGCGCCUCCGAGCUCUAACCACCUCAAUGCGGGGGCAGUCAUAGGGGUUUCUGUGGCCUCUGGUGUAUCUGGGUUUUUCAUAAUUGGGGUCGUGUUAUUCUUCUGCUGUCGCAAAUAUCGGCGUCGGAACCAACAGCCCAAGGACCGUGACUUCUUCGAAAUUGGCGGGGUCAUGUCCGAGCCUCCGGAUUUCUCACUUCCGCCUAGGCGCCCCUCGCCAACGCCUAGAGGACCUACUCCUAUGGCUGAUGCAGGAGACACUAACUCAGACACGGUAAGAUUGGUGUCGCCGUCGCCGCCAGAGUCUGCAGACCACAAUCCGGCAGUGGUCAUCACGAGAGCCGAUGACGAUGAUGAAAAUGAUCAGAGACGAAACUACCACCAAGGUCGGAUUGGCUUUGCCUAUUCCUCUACUUCUGACCUCGGUGCUUCACCGACCCAGUCAUCCCCACGCACUGCUUCGGACCUCCUACCAGACAAGCCAGCGUACGGGCUUUGCCCGGAACCCCUGCGGUGGAGUCAACAGAAGUAUAUGAAUCCUGCUACUGGCGAAACCAUGUUCGAGGAAGAAGCUACAAGCUCGAGAGGCGUUGUGGGCGGCCUUUACCAGUAUCCCAAUUUCCCGGGUACAGCAGGACGUUAUAGGAAUGGAGGCCGUCCUAAAAACGGUCGACCUCCGAUGAUGGGAUUGCCGGCCAAUCCCCGCGCGAUGUUAUAUGGCUUUGGGAAAUCACACACCGGCAUGGUGACCCCGAGAGGGUGGGACCCACGCAAGAAGCCAGUAUACGCAAACGCUGGCGAAAAGAUCCAACCCUCACGACGCGCCGACAUACACCGCCUCUCACCCAUAGAACGCUGGGAGAAGGAUGUUGCGAGUUACUGGCACAACCCGAAUUUCGGGUACGCAAGAGGCACCGAGCGGCCCUCGUCUCGCAACGCGCAGCGGCGUUCAUUUUACGAUCAUCACACGGACAGCAACCCCCGGGAUGAUCCAGUGAACACUUUUCAAACCGUCGAUAUCAACGAGGACUCACGGUCCCGCCGGACGUCCCGACAUUCCGGCGGGUUCACGUCUCUCAGUCCCGUGAGAGAGGUUCGCACACCAGUCGGCGAUAUGCAGAAAACAGGGCAGCGGGAUCAUGUCCACCCUGCCCCACAACUGGGGAUGUACCCCCAGAUUCCACCUUCUCGAGCUGUCAGCCCGGUACGAGAGAUAGUGACCCGGCCUCGAAUUGUGCGACGAGACGAUAUCAAGAGAGUGGAUAUCCAUCGCGGCAGACCGCAACCCCCCACGUUGACGGUCCCUUACGCUCCCGACGACUACUGGUUGGAUCCCGCUGCCCGCGCUUCAUCUGACCGUCGGCGCUCCACCGACACGCCUUUCUGCAUGCCGAAAAAGAAGCCAGUACCGGUGGAGCGCAAUCUUACGCCUUCUCGACUGGGAUCUGACUUGAUUCUUCGGGUGGAUUGAGACAUUUAUCUACUUAUUCACGUGUAUUAUAUUCUGCUGUGAUAUGAU